AUGAAUCAGAAGGUGGCUCUCAGAGUGUUUGAGCUGAAUAAAAUCAUUGCAGAAGAACAGUCUGAUGAGUUCAAUGAAUAUGAAGACCUGAUUGAAGGUAUCAGUGAGAUGUCAGACAAUGCGGGGGGCUCAAGUGACUGGAAUGACAAUAGCUCAGUGAGUGAGAAGACUUGUAUGAGGCUUGAAAUUGCGAGACUUCAGCAUGAGGUUGAGUGUAUGAAGACCAGUAGGGGUGAGACUCUUGCAAGUGAUGAGAUGAGAGCGGAUCUGACAGAAUAUCUUCAAUGA